AUGCGUACCUCAAUCAGCAUUGCCGCCUGCGCCAUUGGCCUCGCCUCUCUCGUCCAGUAUUGUCCCGCUCCCCCUCUCGCCGCCAUUAUCGGUGUUACCACUGGCGAGCUUCUCACCGCCGGCACCACCCUUGCAGGCUCCGCCAUCACCGCCGGCGCUGCUGCUGGCUCCAGGCGUGACAUACCCGCUGGUGUCUCCCAGGAGUCCAUCGACCAGUGCGUUUCCUCGCUGGCCGGAGUUCAAGUCAACUUUGUGCCCCAGUCUGAUGGUCUCCUCGUUGAGAACAUGCCUGCCCCUUGCAUGAACCUGGCCACCGUCAUUACAGGUGACUACAAUGCCGGCAACCCCAUCCCUAUGAGCUCCUCCAGCAUCCUGUUCCGUGGUCUCACUCAGGACCAGCUCCAGCAGAUUCAGGACACACUCGAUGGGAACUAA